UCUGCGUUCACACUUGCAUUAGACUGAAGUGAAUUUUAGAAGCCCUUGGUGCGAGUCUCGCGCAAACACUCAAAGAGGGAAGAGGAAAUAUGUUCUGUAAGCGUAUCAAGUAAAGUCCAGAUAUAUGACUCCACAAUUAGCGGAAGAUAUGUACAUUCACCAGCGUAAAAAACCGGGCUGUCAUGUGUGUAAAAAUGUUCUCCGCUGUUGAAGCGCGGUGUUGGUGUGAUGGCGGAGGGGGAAGUCCCUCAGGAAAUCCCCGCAUUUCCAGCGUGAAAAACCUCCUGAGCUUCUCUUUACAAAGCUCUGAACACACCGACACCGACCUGAAGAGAAAUAUUACAUAUGUGUGGAGUAAAGUGAAAAGGUAGACGGACAUUUUUUUUUUGUGGAAGAAAAAAAACAAACAAACAAACAAGAAAGAAAGAAAGAAAGAAAGUGAGGCAGAAAAGCGGAUAUUUCUAAAGAUGGACGACGACGUUACGAAAUUGCGGAGUUGCGUCACGUUGAACACUUUCUACAACGAAACUCAGCAGGAGAUUGCCAACUUAAACAAAAAGAUUUCAUCCCAAAACGGAAUUAUAGCUGAAUUAAGAGCCAAGCUGGCUAAAUAUGAGAGGACGUGUGUGAGAGUUGAGGGAGAAGAACAGUGUUUGGUUGGACCAUCCAUGUCUCUAGUGGAGAGCUUGUGUAAAGAAAGGCUCAAAUUAAACCAGAAGCUUAAAGAGGCUGAAGUGGAAUCAGCCCAGAAACUGGAAUCUAGCAAAAGAGAGAUUCAGAGCCUACAGCAGAAGCUGAGGGAGCAGGAGCAGAUGCUGGAGUGGCCCGAGCACGAGAAGGAGCACGAGAUCCAGCGCCUGCGAGCCACCCUGGCAGCACGUGACCGGGAACAGGCCACCCAGCAUGUCUUGUGCGACUCGUUGACUGAUGAGGUAGAGCAGCUCAGGGGGCAGCUGGGAACCACGGUCCGAGUGUGUGAGGAGCUACUGGGGAGGCUGGAGAAGCAGAAGAACCUGCCGGCGUUUGCCGAGCAUAAGACCCAGGUCAAUGAGGUGGCCGAAUCCUCCGAGGUCGCUCGACUGAAUGUCAUUAUCACUAAGUUACAGGAGGAGAACCAGCAGCUCAAAAACAGAGUGGCAUACGUGGAAAACCUGAACUCAAAGUGGCAGAAAUAUGACCAGAGCAGAGAGGAAUAUGUCAGGGGCUUGUGUCAGAAGCUGAGGGAGUCUAAUGCCAGCAAGUCGGCAGGAACCAUGACUCUGUACCAGCAGGAGAUCAACCGUCUCAACGGCCUUCUGGAGGAGAAGAUGCAGGAGUGCAAGAGGCUAAGCCGAGAGAGAGACGAUCGCAUGCAGAGAAACAAGGAGCACAUAGAGAUGCUGAACCAACAGGUCUUGGCUUACGUCGAAGACUUUAAGUCGGAGAGAGCGGACAGGGAACGGGCCCAGGGCAAAAUCCAGGACCUACAGGAGGAAGUGGGGCGUCUGCAGCUGCAAAUCCGUGUACAGAAUUCCAGAGAGCCCGCUCCAACACGGAGGAUCAUCCCGAUUUUAAAGAAAGCAAGCCGUAAGCAGCCUGAAACGGUCGAGCCGCUGUUGCGGAACAGCCCUCCGGACUCGAGCUCCAGGCGGCUGAACGCUCAGAUAGCAGCGUCCAGUACGUCCGAGCUCCAGUGUCCGAAAUGCUUCGCCAUGUAUGACGAAAAAUACACGGCCGAGUACAUGAACCACUGCGAGGAGUGCGCCAGACUCUGAUCUCUGCACAUUUCACACUCACACAAGACAAGAUGCACUACAGAAGUGUUGUGGAAGGCGUGUAAAGGUACAAGUAUGGAGAAAGGAGAGGGAAAAAAACCCCAAAAAAAAACACCGGGACAACAAACUUCUUUUGAACAAAGUUAAAGCCAAGUUGUGACCUUCACGUCCGGAUGGGAAUAAAUAUUCAGACUGGACUUUUUUUUCUUUUUUCUUUGCCAUGUAUCACCCAUUUUAGGGAUUUAUCUCGUGAACAGGAAUUGAAACAGGAACACUCAGUGACUAAAAAUGGGUCAUUCCUGAUUCCUAGAAUCAUCACCGGGUCCACAUAGUGGCACACAUAUAUAUAUAUUUAUACCAUUGCACUGGUGAAUUCUCCGUUCUGAUUGGUUCGAAAAGGUUCUAAGUAACAGACAGAUAACAGGUUUAUAUAGUGAUGCCCUCGCUCUGAUACGUUAUCAUAACGGGCGUCGUUAGAAAAACAAACCUGUGUGAACAUUUUGAACGUUGAAGGAGUCUCCAAUGUCGGCUCUUUACAACGGUCUGAGGUUAAAGCUGUAAGUUUUCCCACAUGGACAGAAAACGACCAGCUUUUUACUGAGAAGUUGGACGAGGGAAUGACAUGGUGUUUCUAGCUGCUGUACCAAAUUGGGUACCAAACCCUUAUCGUUCUAACACGUUAAACGUAGCUAGAAACCGAUAAAAAAAGUGUUGUUGCUAUGGUAUAAGAGGAAUAAAGCACUUUGUCUACUGUUAUUAGAAAGGAAUCAAGUUCAUGGUGAUGUCAGAACCAAUAACUUCACUGGUUGUUGAUUUUUUUUUUUUUUUUUUUUUUUCCUAGAACAGCAUGUGGUUUAUUUCUUUUGCAGGUACUGUCUUCUACCUGCAGAUGUGUUGGCCUAUUCCUGUAUUCCUUUCAUA